AUGGGCACCGAGUUUAUCGACUUCGGCCCACUCGAGGACCUCUCGCUGCCCAGCACCACAGCAACAGCAGCGUCACCACCUCCAGCUCUCUCUCAUCCCGAGACUGAGCUGGCCGAACAACAUCCGCUGCCCACGGACUCACAGGCCGGCGAGAGAACACCACCGUAUCCGCCCCUCAGAGUAGAUGAGGAUGGCGAGAAUCUCCCGGAGGUCACCCCUUCGGGAUCCGGACGCGCUUUUGCCGCUGUGACCACUCGUCCCAGCACAUCAGCUCAGGCCUCCACAUCCGCCUGUACGCAGGUCGGCCUAUUCGCUCCUUUGGGAGCCGUGGAAGGCCCCGUCAGCACCAGCAGCCAGCAGAUGAGGAAGACCACCACGGAUACUCGUGACACCACUACAGCGAAGCGAGGAGGAGGACAGCCCAGCGGAACCACCGGAGGCAAACGACGCAAGCCUCGGUACUGGUGUUGUGACUGCCGCAGGCACGGCCACGCACACCAGGCUUGCCCCAAUCCCACCGGAGAACUGUUCUGUGGGCAAUGCCCACAUCGCCUCAGGGCUGACAGGAUCUGCCCGGAGCACGGCCCGGUAACACAGCCUGCCGGCGGACGAACGGCCGGACUUUCCAGCACGCCAGCUGAGGCAUCCCAGGGGAGGCCAUCGCUGCCACCUGCUGCGGCCGCAUCCAGCCAUCGCCCUCGACCGGCCGCCCGAUCGCCGCCACGCGCUCACGAUCGACGUGCUGAGGAGUACUGGGCUCCCUUCGAGAGGAACCCUAUCCGUCCAGCCACAGCUGGACCGGCUUAUCCGGCUCCUCCUCGGGAGGAGGAACGCCGACCUCGCCGGGAGGAAGAACCUCCAGAAGAUUCGGAACUCCGUUUCUUCUGGCAACCGCCAGCCACGACGACCACCAGCUACAGCCCUGGCUACCGAGCCCCGGAGCACGGGUACUACACCUCGGCGGCCGCUAGCGCACCGACCCGACCACCUCUUGGGCGUGGAGCGAACGCCCGCUUCGGACCUCCUCCGACAAGUCAGGCAACCCGCUGGUCCAGAGACACCAUCGAGGUCCUCCAGUGCCUCCUGGACCAAGCCCAGCGCAGCCAGCAGCAGAGUCCGGAGCGCAGGUACCAUCCCCGUUAA